AACUAGUAGAUCGAAGACUUUUGCAUCAUGAGAUCAAGGCGGGAGAAAGGGUGAGUUUUAAGGAAAACAACAUUGCUGUUGUAUUGUUUGAAAGGAUUUAAAGAGAAACCUUUUGACUUUGGACGAGACUACUGCUCUAAAGUGACAUUUGUAAAAUGCCAAACGAGCGGCGUGAUCGACGGCUACACGAAAACGAGCGGGAGUCACGGACGCCUAAGUCUCCCUCACACAGACAUCGUUCAAACGAAAGCCAUAAACUUGAUCGAAGACAUCGAAGACAUCAUCACCGACGCAGAAUACAUCACCGACAAACGGGGCUUCGGUCUUCUACACAUAUAUACGUUAAUGGAUCGACAGAUACAGUGCCUUCCGUUUCAGUUCACACUGAUCAUGUUACUUUGGCUUCGAGUUUGAACUCGUUUAAUGAUGGAAUGGAGACAUUGCUUGGUAAUUGCUUUGAACUACUGGGUCGUCUGCGAAACAAUCCCCUUGUUCAUCCCCAAAAUUCACAACAAUCCAUUUCUAAUGUGAAACGUGGGGUUAACCAUUCUAAUUUAACAGCCGUGCUGACAUCUCAAAAAACAAAACCUGCAGUGAGUUUUAGCGGGAUAUUGGAUACCUACAAGAUGUGCAGUACUGUUCCAGCAUCAAAAACUAAAGCUCGGUUACAGCAGAGCUUAGUUUCUCACACUGAAGCCAAACUCGAUGUAAUUGAUGUCUCACUGACAUGCCCCCUUACACAAUCACAAAUGGUAACUCCAGUGCGUGGAAGGAACUGUGCACACAUCAGCUGCUUUGAUGGAGCAGCAUAUCUUCAGCUUAUGUGGGAAAAGCGAGUGGAAAAAUGGAAAUGCCCUAUUUGCAAAACUCUUACACCUCUGUCUGAGUUAGUGAUAGAUGGAUUUAUCCAGGGGAUUUUAGAAUCAGUGCCGGAAGAUUUGAAGAGUGUGGAGUUUACUCCUGAUGGAUUCUGGAGAAUCAAAGAAGGAAAUGAUUCAUUCCCGUCAAUCAAAAAGUCUCCUGUCGACUGUUACAGUAACUCCAGCCAAGGAAAUACUGUUAUUGACCUGACAUUUGAUACGCCACAAAAAAUUAUACCAAAGAAAAUAUCUAAUGCUGAUAGAAAUUAUAAUGGAAGUAAUCUGGAAAUUCAAGUCAUUGAUCUCACUCUAUCUCCUUAGAAUACAAGUACCUUUAUUUUACUUCUUUCAACUUCUGUGAUGAGAUGACAACAACUUACAGACUUGCCUUGAAGAAAUGAAUAUUUUCAUAUGUGAUAAACAUAAACAUUUUGUGGUUUGCUAUGUUUGCAGACUAGGUGGAUUUUCACUGAUUGGCAAAACCAACUUAAUUUUACUUUAACACAACUAAUAAUAUAAAUGAAAAAAUUAUUCAGUUCUGAUUGGUUAAGAUAAAUGUAGUUUUCAGGUAGUUCAGUGCAGAUGAGAGUUAAUUCAGUGUAGAAGAGGGUUAAUUCAGUGCAAAGAAAGUAACAAACCAGACAUUCUGAUUGGUCAGAAUGAUUGGUCAAUGUCAAGGUCAAUGUCACUUGCCGGGUUUAAAUAAAUUAUUUUUGCAUGUGAUGCGUACGCUUUUCUUCUGCCUAAUUAUGAUAAGCUACCUGGUAUUUUUUUUAUCUUUAUUAUUAAUACAUAAUCACAUGAUUUUUCUCAUGCAAUUUGGAAUAAAUAAAC